AAAAGAACCGAUAAAAGUUCAAAGUCUCUAGUCAUCAACUUCGUUUAUCGACUGCUAAAAACAUUGUAGUAUAUCAUAAUGGGAAGCGCUCCGGCACAGAUUCCGACGAGCUUCGGUCAUGAACUGAGGGCUUGCCUUCGUUGUCGUCUCGUCAAAACCUACGAUCAGUUUAGGGAGUCAGGGUGCGAGAACUGUCCAUUCUUCAAGAUGGACGAGGAUCACGAACGUAUCGUUGAUUGCACUACUCCUAACUUCACUGGUAUAAUUUCGGUCAUGGAUCCAAGUAGAAGUUGGGCUGCUCGGUGGUUGCGAAUUGGAAGAUUUGUCCCUGGUUGUUACACUCUUGCAGUCUCAGAGGCACUUCCAGAGGACUUACAGAAUUUAUGUGAAGACGAACGUGUGCAAUAUGUACCACCAAAACGCGUAUGAAUAUCGUUGCAAGUAUCUGAAAUUUGAACGUUUUAUAAUGCAACCUGUUGAUGCUUGAAACCUUCUGUAGACGGAUGACAUUGAAAAAAGGAUUUUAUGCUCUCAUUUUUAAACUAAA